UUCAUCAUUAUAUACACACUGCAUAAUUAAUUGGUAAUCCUUCAAUUGAAUUUCAACUUUCACAUACAAAGCAAUUUUUUGGUGGAACACAGAAGAACAAAGAAAGAACUAGAUCAAGAAGCUAUGAAUCAUGGGAACGUGUACAACUCAUAUGGAACUUCUUGGGCAGACCAAUGGGACAAUGGUCCAGACCCUAUCAUGGCUGAUACCAAUAACAACAAGAGCACAACAAAAUACAAGGAAAAGUUUGGGGAAGGUUUAGGUAAGACCAAAGGAGUGGCCUCCACCGGCGUGAAGAAAUUAAAGGAUGGUACCUCGGUUGGUCUCAACUGGAUCAAGACCAAGUAUUCCAAAGCAACCCACAAACAUUAGGCCACUUAAAAAAUUUUAAAAAUAGUAACUUCUUUGUGUACAUUUUUUUUUUUUAAAAUUCAUUUAUUCUUGGUGUGUACGUGUGAUCUAGAUGCUUGCUUGUAUAUUAGUUUUCACGUUUAAGUUCACCUUUGUUGUACAUCAUAUUUCAGUCUAAAAUAUAUUGUGUUUUGAUUUAGGCUAA